AUGACAGCCUCCAGUAAGAAAGAUACAACUCGACGAAGUCUUUUCAAUCUCUGGAUCCCAACUAAAAUCAUUGUCUCUGGAAAGCCAGACACAUCUCCAACUGACUCUGGGGCAACAGAAAGCCCGGCAUCAGAGCCAAUUAUCCCAAGGGUGGGAAAAGAUCGGUUCAGGGCUCGUUUGACUCGCAGUGGCUCCAAGAUCCUACUGUUGCUGGGCUUGCGUGGUUCAUCCAAGAGCAACAAAGGGUUUAGCGCCGACACCGAUUGCUGUGGUUCCGUACACGCCGGCGACGAAAGCCCAGAUCCCUUGAACUCAUCCUCCCCAAGUGGUAAUGGCGAUGAUAGCCCAGGAUAUCUUACUGCAGCCGAGUCCCCUCAAAGUGAACCAAUACCUGUCACUCCUUCGCUCAGCACCCCUACCGAAGGGGUUGAAACUUUGUCUGAGCCACUUCCCGACCUACGACGGUCACCCGAGAGUCAGGGUGAACUGGCUUUUGUCGAUGACGUGCAGCAACAUGCCACAGGUGAGGACCCUCUGCCUACUACUGCCACUGAGCAAUCGAGUCCAACAAAUUCAAAAUUUGUCGAUCGCUUCUCGCAUAAGAUUUCGCUUGCGUUUGGCCAGCCCACUGUCAUCCGCCGUGCGCAUCUUCGGUCAAGACCGAGUAUUCUUCCCGUCAGUUCUCCAGUGUUAGAGGAACUGAGCAAACAGAGUGAUGGCGCCAAUGAUAGCUCAGACCCAUCAACCAGCCCCAGCAGUGGUAGGUCUCCUGCUGGCGGGCAGUCAACUUCACAGACUCCGCCCACGUCCGGAGGGCCGUCUCCUUCCUCGGAUAAAGGCAAGCUGCACGAUGGACACGAAACUGCAGUGGUGCAUUGGCCCUCUCUCUCUGAGAUCAAUGAAGCUGCCGAUGCUUCAAACACAAAGGUAAUCACAAUAGCGCCGUCAAUCAAAACCGUGGAAGCGACAUCAGUGGCAAAAGUUUACUUGGAACUAUACUUCAACUCCAUUUUCAAAAACAAAGAUCCUCGUCAGCAACGUCAGCUCGAGUUGGAGCAGCAUAUCUAUGCAUUUGAGCUCACACCAGAGGAGCGGUUGAUGACAAGACACAACUGGGUUUUGGGAGAGAACGAUUAUCUUCGGCAGUGCCGUGUGCUUAAAUCAAAUCGAUACUGCACUCAAAGCGAAAGCGCCAUGUCUGUCGCAGGGUACAAAACUAUCAAGGUACUGGGGAAAGGAAGCUUUGGUGUUGUGCGUCUUGUUCGACAAAAUGGCUGUGAUUCGAAGAGUUCCCAUGAAGAUGACCCUCUGACCCUCAAAGACAACAAUGUCCAGUCCAGAUCGAAUCCUCUUGGAGCUUUGAUGUCUGCCGUGGAAGGUGCCAAACAAAGCCGUCGAAGGUAUAUGACCGGUGAAAGGAAGGAGGUAUAUGCCAUGAAAGUCAUCAAAAAGGCAGAGAUGAUCCGUAACUCCCAGGAAGGCCAUAUUCGAGCGGAAAGAGAUUUCCUUGUUGCCUCUGAGACCUCUCGCUGGGUUGUUCCUUUGAUCGCCAGCUUUCAAGAUGCCAACAAUCUAUAUCUUGUGAUGGAUUACAUGGUUGGUGGUGACUUUUUGGGGCUACUGAUCCGCAAAGAUACACUCCGCGAGGACUGGGCACGGUUUUACGUUGCCGAAAUGAUAUUGUGCAUUGAGGAGGCACAUCGACUUUUCUGGAUUCAUCGCGAUGUCAAGCCUGAUAACUUCCUCAUUUCUGCGUCGGGACAUUUGAAAAUUUCCGACUUCGGUCUGGCUUUCAAUGGACAUUGGUCGCAUGAUCAAGCUUAUUAUAACAGCCAUCGCUACUCCUUGUUGGAGAAACUCGGUAUCGAUGUCAAGGGUGAUUCCGAAGACCAGAAUAGGGUUGCCGAAGCGAAAGAGCUUGCGCCCGAGAUAAAAUUGCACAGUCUGGAUGACCAUACUCUUCAUCAACCAUCCUCAACAAGUUUAUUGGAUUGGCGAAACAACAAGGGGCGGCGCAGAUUCGCAAAAAGUGUUGUUGGAACCAGUCAAUACAUGGCACCUGAGGUCAUUCGCGGUGAAAUGUAUGACGGAAGAUGUGACUGGUGGAGCUUGGGUAUCAUUCUAUACGAGUGUCUGUAUGGGUUCACACCUUUUGCCUGUGAAAAUCGCCACGAUACAAAGAUCAAGAUCCUUCAACACGCAAGAACUCUGCGAUUUCCGCGGGAGAAAUCCACGGACAAGUUAGUCUCUCAGGAUGCCAUGGAUCUGAUUACCAGGAUUCUCCAAGAGCGCGAAUAUCGCCUGUGCUCUCCGAGGUACCAAGCCAAUGAAAUACUGAAUGGACGUCCUGUCUCAACCCAGAUGCUCUACUCCAUGGACGCGCGGUACCGAAAUAUCGCGAGCUACUACGUAUACCCCAACGAUGCAGCAGACAUCAAGAUUCAUCCAUUCUUCCGAGGUAUCCGAUGGCAAGAUCUCCACAUGUGCCAACCACCAAUGAUCCCUAGGGUCAGGAACUGGGAGGACACUAGAUACUUUGACGACUGGAAAUUGGCCAGCAACGGUGUCGAGCAUGCUGUUAGUAGUGGCUCGGAGGAUCCUGACCAAGAGCCUGGCGUGAUCACCCCUGGGAAUCAAGAAAUAAUUCCAGCGGAGGACGCUGUAGAGCCGCCAUUUGCUGAGACUACCCCACGCGCGGCACAGGACCAGGCGAAAGACGCCGAAAAGAAAAAGGAGAAGAAGCGGCCCCGCGACAAAAUCCUUCGAGACAAACAGAUGAGCAAGACAGUCUUGGACAUUCGCAAAAAGGGUGCUUUUCUGGGAUAUACAUACCGGCGACCCAACGACGUUGCUUUGGCUUUCAGCACAGAUCGAGGGCGUCAACCGUAUAGCAGAGGCCAAUUGGCCGGCCUGUAUGCAUCGUGA